GGGCGAGGGGGCUGCGCUUCUCGCGGGGAGCGCCGGUUCCGGUGGGUGAGUGCGUGCCCGGAGCCGCUGCCGCCGCGGGCUGUGCGCGGGGCCGUUCCUGCGGGGCUGGCCGGUACCGGGCGGUGUUACCCUGCCCAUCACCGUGCGCCUCCGCCCUCGCCGCCAUUGGCGGGCAGCAGCCGGCGCGCCGGAAGUGCGUGAGCGGCGCCAACCGGGAACGGAGCGGGGCUGGAGGCCCGGGGCGGCGGGAUGAGCAAAGGGCGCGAGGCCGCGGCGGGCGGAGGCGCCGCCGCUGUCCUGCUGCGGUACCUGCGGGAGCAGAACCGGCCGUACAGCGCCCAGGAUGCCUUCGGGAACCUGCAGCAGGAGCACGGGCUGGGCAAGGCGGCCGUGGUGAAGGCGCUGGAGCAGCUGGCGCAGCAGGGCCGCGUACGCGAGAAGGCCUACGGGAAGCAGAAGAUUUACUUCGCUGACCAGGAGCAGCUCCCGGCCGCCAGCGAUGCGGAGCUCCGCGGGCUGGACGGGGAGAUCGCCACACGCUCCGCACAGCUGCAGGCGCUGCAGCAGAGCUGCCGGCACAUGGAGGCGGAGCUGAAGGACCUGAACAGCUCCAUGACAACCCCUGAGAUCGCCAGGGAGAUCGAGGCGCUGAGGAAGGACUGUGCCAGUUGCACGGAGAAACUGGAGAGGAUUAAGUCUGCUACCAACCACGUAACUCCAGAGGAAAAAGAGAAGGUGUGCCGGGAGCAGCAGCUGUACCGCCGGGAGUGGCGCCGGAGGAAGCGCAUGGCCACAGAGCUGCUGGAUGCCAUCCUGGAGGGGUAUCCCAAGAGCAAGAAGCAAUUCUUUGUAAGUACCGAGGCUGGGCUGUGCCCACGGCUGCUGAGCCAGACCCUGAGCCUGUUCUCCUGCCACGCAGGAGGAGGUUGGGAUAGAGACGGAUGAGGACCACGGUGUCGUGCUGCCAGCGACUGUGUGAGGUGCUGGGGGAGCCUUUGUUCUGGAGAGAAGCUGCUAUGGAGCUGCCUCUGAAACUUGGCUGUUGGGUUCUUCUUUUUCUCGUUUUGCAGGACUGGGGCUUGUCCUGUGUAUUUAUUUGUUUUUGUUUUAAAAUGUUUUGCAGUUGGAAGGGUGGUGGGUGGGAGGAACUUAGCACUGGCCCUCUCCCUUGCAGUGGAAUGUCGUUUUUUCGUGCCCCUAGUAAAUGGAGCUGCCUGGCUGAGGUUUGAUGUGACUGAGGGGACCUGUGGGGGCACUGGUGCUGUAUCUCUGGUGUUCUGGUAAGGAAAAGGAGCUGUCUGGGCUGCAGAGCUCUCUAUGUGUUCUAGCUGCUGAGUGGUCAUAUGAGAGUAUGAUCCAUUAAACAGCAGGAUUUUGGUUCAGCUGCA